UUAUAUAAUGUUAUAUAUAUAAUAUAUACCAAAACUGUUAGGCUACUAACCAAAAAUAUAUUUUAAGACUGGGUUUGGCAAAUCCCUGCUUCCAUGCAAGGGAGUUAUCAUAUCCUUUUCCUCCUACUAUACAUCGCCUCUGGUCAAUUCCCCUAACAAGGUUCAUAUUUCUUUCACAUCCAAACACUCCCCUAGGCUAAGACCAUCUCUCUUCAUUUAGAUAGGCCAAAACUCCUUUCAAUACGGAAAAUCAAGAGUCCAAGGAUUUGCAUUAACCUUAGUACCCAAUUAGAGCCUUAGAGGGGUUUUGUUAAUCUGGGUUUUUAAGCAAUCAUCUCACUCAAUUCUUGCAUUUUCUUUAGCGAUUUGACUGGGAAAUCAGUUUGGCUAGAUCGAUCAAUUCAAUGGUCUUUAUGGAAGAAGAAGAAGCUCAAGAGCAGAAGUUCAUCUGCAAAUUCUGUGACAAGGUUUGCCUUAGCGGGAGAUCAUUGGGAGGCCAUAUGCGUGGCCAUUUACCCUUGAUUGCAGCUGCUAAAAAGCAAAAAACCAAAGCUGAUAAAAACUCGGAUCAAAAUUCAGUGCAAUCCAGGAGUGGCAAGAUUCGAGAGAAGGGCAAAAGCAUGGUUCUUGGAGAAGAUGAUGAUCCCAACAAAUCUUGGAAGGUUUUUUAUUCGAAGCAUAGUGAUUUGGAGAGGGAGAGCCUGAUGAAAAGGUUUCCUGAUAAUCAGGGGAGGUAUGAAGAAGAAGAACAUCAUCUGUGCAAGAAAUGUGGCAAAGUUUUCGAUUCGAUAAGGGCUCUGAAUGGGCAUAUGCAGAUUCACUCCAAAAGAUCCAGGCUUUCCCGUGAAGAAUCAAUGGAGAAUCAGUGCCCUGUUCUGAAGAAACGAUCUGCAAUAAGGUACGAAAUUACUGAGAAUUCUCCAUUUUCUGUUGCUUCUGAUUUAGAAGAAGCUGCUGUGUGCCUGAUGAUGCUCUCAAGGGGUUUUCAAGAAUGGGACUUUGUUCUUUGAAACCGAAACAAUUUAUUACUACUGAAAGCAAGAAAAAUAUAAAGCUUGUUUGGAACUUGAGAAUUCUGGUAGAAAGGAUCACAUCUGGCAAUGAUUUGGGUGGUCACAAGAGGGUCCAUUAUAUUACAUUGAGAGCAAGAAAAAGGACAAACUUUCUAGUCCUCGUAACAUUGUUAAUCUGAAGCUAAAGCAAUGGUGGACUAGUGGGCAUGAUGUCCUUGUUCCUCAACCAUUCGAGCCUUUACUCGAUUGUUUUCUUGUUUCAACGCUGUAAAUCUGUUUUCACAUCUGGUUUCUGUUCUGUAAAUCUGCCAUGAGUCUCAACUGGGCUUAGAAUAAACCACAACUUGCUUUUACUUUUUCUAGUACAAAAUGC